AUGCCUCGGGCCGGCGGUCCCCGCGCGCCGCGCCCCGCCGCGCUGCCCCGCAGCCUGUCCCGCCUGCGCGAGUGCCCGGGCCGCUCCCGCAUCGUGCUGGCGCUCGGGGCCACGCAGAUGGCGCUCGGAUGCCUCAUCGUGGCCGUCAGCUUCGCCGCGCUGGCGCUCACCACCUCGGCCCGCGUCCGCCACUCCUGCCCCUUCUGGGCCGGCUUCUCGGUGCUGCUUUCGGGACUCAUCGGUGUGGUCUCCUGGAAGAGGCCUCUCUCCCUUGUGAUAACCUUUUUCAUGCUGCUCUCAGCAGUGUGCGUAAUGCUGAAUUUGGCUGGUUCAAUUCUCUCCUGUCAGAAUGCUCAGCUAGUCAACUCCCUAGAAGGCUGUCAGUUGAUUAAGUUUGACAGUGUCGAGGUGUGUGUCUGCUGCGAAAGGCAGCACCAGCCGUCGGGCUGCAGCAACCUUGGGGAGACGCUGAAGCUGAACCCACUGCAGGAGGACUGCAACGCUGUGAGGCUCACGCUGAAGGAUCUCCUCUUCAGUGUGUGUGCCCUCAACGUCCUCUCCACCAUUGUGUGUGCAUUGGCCACAGCCAUGUGCUGCAUGCAGAUGGUCUCUUCCGAUGUCCUGCAGAUGUUCCUUCCACAAAGGGCGCAUUCCACGAGCCCAGCCUGCGUGACCCCCCAUGGCACCGUGCUCCACCAGACCCUGGAUUUCGAUGAGUUCAUCCCCCCACUCCCGCCUCCACCCUAUUACCCACCGGAGUACACCUGCACGCCCACAGCCGAGGCCCACAGGGGCCUCCACUUGGACUUUGCUCCCUCUCCAUUCAGCACUUUGUAUGAUGUUGCCAUCAACAGUCCCGGCCUGCUCUACCCUGCCGAGCUCCCCCCACCCUACGAGGCCGUGGUGGGCCCGAACACCACCAGCCAGCUUACGAGUGUGGAUCAGCAGGCGACCGAGUCCAGCCCCGGGGACCCAGAUGCCAUGGCUGGCCUCGGCACACAAGAGCCCGCAGAUAGCUCGAGCCUCCUGGCAUCCGAGGGUGCCACUGCGCCAGGCCUGAGCCCUGAAGGCCCCGUGGGUGCCUCGCAGCCCCUGCCACCUGGCCUCGAGUCCCCGGAGGGCCCUGACCAGGGCACAUGGGCGGUGCCAGGACCCGGGCGUGUGGCCCGCUCCACCAGUGAUCCCACUUCUUGCUCAUCCAGUGUGGCAGGCCAUGCCUCAUCACACACCCCGUCCUGCAGCCAGGACCUGGAAGCAGGACUGUCCGGGGCUGCUCUGGGGACCGUUGCCCGAGCUCACUCUGUCGCGGCUGCCUGUGCAGGUCGGCGCCCGCUCUCGCCCCCUGGGCCACUGGAUCCCCGGAAAGGCGACCCGCGGGGAAAGCUGGCGGCCUUACAGACGGUCUGCAAAGAGCGGCCGCACUCUCUAGUGGACAGCAAGGCCCACGCAGACGCCAGGGUGUUGGUGGCUAAGUUUCGGGAACACUCGAACUGUGCCCUCCCUCCCGAGGUGCGGCACGUGGUGGGCACCUUCCGCCCAGCCGGCCCCCCUGAGGAGCCCCACGGGGAGGGGGCCGUGUUCAGCGCCGGUGUUCGGGACCAGGUGUGACCAGGCCAAGGGUCCUGACCCGGACGGGCCUGGGC